UGAAAAAUAUAACUGUUUUGUUUAUUUUUCAAGAAGCUGCCAUUAAUUUCGAAAUCGGACGGGAUAGUAAAUAAUUUGAUCAGUUUUCUUCAAUUGUUUUCGCGUGUUUUUCGUUUGAAAGCUUUUAGUGAAAUAAUCCGGUGUUUGUUUGCUGCUGUGCUGUGUUGGUUUUUUUUCUAAUUUCAUCUCAUCAUUGAUUGCAGAUUCUCCAAAUCAAGCCUCACCAAUGAAGAUGUCCACAGACUCGUCAACCACACACUCAGAAAGAAAAGUACCUCAGGAUGAAAUCGUGGCCAAGUUGAAGCUGGUUUCCCAAAGUUUGAUCAGUUUAAAGGCUGACCAUUCCCAGAUGUUAAGUCAACUGACCAACACUUCGAAAGAAACCGAUGAAAAAAUGGUGAAGUUUAAUCUCGAGAAAGAAGAAACUCUUAGGAAAAUUAUUACAAAUCUUGAGAUGGGAGUGGAGGAGUCACAUAUAAUGGUUGCCCUAGCUAACCAUCUACAAUAUAUCGAGUCCGAAAAACAGAAACUCCGUGCACAAGUCAGAAGACUCUGCCAAGAAAAUGCCUGGUUACGAGAGGAGCUGAGUACGACGCAGGAAAAGUUGCAAAAGAGUGAACAGAGAGAGGCUGCCCUCGAAGUCGAGAAGAAACAACUUGAAUUCAUGAGCGAGAUGAAGAAAUAUGAUGCCGAUAAUGUUCAGGUGGACAAGGAUGAGAAGAAAGAAGACCCAUCCACUCCAAAUUUAGAUCUGGGAUUUCCCGAUGAUGAUGAUGAUCCUCAACCAGAAGUACACUCCAAAACAGCCCAAUCCCAAGGUAUUUCUGGCUCUUCCUCCUACGAAAUACCCGCCAGACUUCGUACCCUGCACAAUUUGGUGAUACAGUACGCCUCGCAGGGCAGGUACGAAGUGGCAGUGCCCCUCUGUAAGCAGGCCCUCGAGGACCUCGAGAAGACCAGCGGUCAUGAUCAUCCCGAUGUCGCCACUAUGCUAAAUAUUUUGGCCCUUGUUUAUCGGGACCAGGGCAAAUACAAAGAGGCGGCUAUGUUACUAAACGACGCUUUGGAUAUCAGAGAGAAGACAUUGGGACCUGAUCAUCCUGCUGUUGCAGCCACGCUAAACAAUUUGGCAGUUCUCUACGGUAAGAGAGGGAAAUACAAGGAAGCUGAACCACUGUGUAAGAGAGCUCUGAUCAUCAGAGAGAAAGUGUUAGGCAGCAAUCAUCCAGAUGUAGCAAAACAGUUGAACAACCUGGCUUUGCUAUGUCAGAAUCAAUCUAAAUAUGAUGAAGUCGAGUUUUAUUACAUGAGGGCCAUAGAGAUCUAUGAGACGCAGUACGGCUGUGACGAUUGUAACGUCGCCAAGACGAAAAAUAAUUUGGCUUCAGCUUAUUUGAAGCAAGGCAAAUACAAAGAGGCAGAAAGGUUGUACAAGGAUGUCUUGACGAAAGUACAUGAAAAAGAAUUUGGUAGAAUUACAGAUAACAACAAGCCUAUAUGGAUGCUAGCUGAAGAAUGCGAAAAUGAAAAGAGCAAAGGCACCGAUUGGCAGAAGACCAUUAAAGUCGAUAACCCAACAGUAGCAACAACGGUAAAAAACCUCAGUGCACUUUAUAGGAGGCAAGGGAAGAUGCAAGCUGCCGAGACUUUAGAAGAAUUUCUCAGUAAAACUAGAAAAUCUGUGGACCCGGCGACAGGUGGCAAGAAAGGUGGCUGCAGCGAUAUGAGAGAGAUAACGAAACUGACGCGCGGCAAAACUUCAGACUCCAACUUGGACGUGUCCUGCGACAGAUCGGCUGACGAGAGUGUCGCCGAGUACACAGGCGGGAACGAGAACGGAAAGUUACGUGCCAGGAGUGGUUCGUUCUCUCGCCUGCGGGCCUCCAUCCAGAAGAGCAGCGCCAAACUCGUGCAGAAGAUCACAGGCGGUAUGCACGCCAGCAGUCACGGCUACGAUCCUUCUCAGUAUGGCGGAAUGAAGAGGGCAAGUUCCCUGUCCGUCCUCAACCAAAAUAGUCCAUUAAACGUGGUGGUGGUAUAUAAUGAUGAUAAUAAUUUUGAUGGUGAAUAGAGUUAUGAAAUUAAUCACAGUAUAAUAAUAAACAACAAUAAUAAUAAUAAUAAUUAAUAAUAACAUUUGAUAAUUAUAAUAAUAUGAGUAAACAUUGAUAAUAAUGAAUGAACUGAUGCUAUUGAAUUAACGCUCGUGUUACAAGUUUAUUCAUUUAAACUUUCGUUCUCUUCUUUCAUUCCCAUAUAAUUCAUUUACUCAAUUUUGUAUACUACUACUAUUACUGCUGCUGCUACUACCACUAUUACUACAACUACUGUUACUACUACUAUUACUACAACUACUGUUACUACUACUACUACUACUGCUGCUACUUUUACUACUACGACUACUACUACCACCACUACUGCUACUGCUGCUAUUACUGCUACUACAACUACUACUACUACCACUACUGAAACUAAAACUACUACUAUUACUAUUUAUAAUAAUAGUAAUAAUAAUAAUAUAUUUAUUAUUGGCUUUGUUUCAUUGAUUAAUUAAGAAAACCAUUCCUUAAAAUUGCUAGCUCACGAUCUAUCUAUC